AUGGUACUCAACGUCAACUCGAUGCUUGAGCGCUUGCACGUGCAAAGUGUCUCUGACCAGCUAUACCUGGACGAGAGUCUCUACGGCGAAGUCGUCGCCGAGGAGAACGACACGCUGACCUACAGCAAUUCGGUGAUUGAUAAGGUCAUGGAGGACAGCGGCGUCGAGGGGUUCCUCCCUCCGCGACAACGGUACGAUCUCUACCCCUACGCCAAGUACGCGGCCGAUGUCAAGUUCCAACCAUCCCACCGACCAUCGGGCCGAUUUGGUGAGCAGCGACAUUACUUCAGUGGCAAGCAUAAACUCUACGGACUCAAGAUCAAGGCAUCCGUGUCACCACAAGGUCAACUGGUAGACAUGAGUCCUCUUGAACCUGGCUCUGUGUCGGACCUUACCAUGUUCCGCACGCGGCUCGACGUACACGUGGCCGAAUUGACGAAGACACCUACGGAGACGACCGUCAAUGACAAUGCAUCCGUACUCGCCAUCCACCCCAAGAAGCGACCGGCGAAUGGUGCCCUUGACCGCCAUGACCUCGAACGCGACGCUGCAGUAUCCGCCGACCACGUGAUCGUCGAAAACUUCUUCCGUCGCGUCUGCUUGCUUUGGAAGAUCUCCUACAGCACGUUUGCGUGGGGAGAGAAGAUAUACGAUGGUAUUCAACGACUCACCUCCGCAUGGACGAACUUCCACAUCGGUCUCAUGCCGCUUCGUGAAGACGACCACCACCAGUAUCGCUCGGUCCUUGCGCGCUACGCACGCAUUGCAGAGUAG